AUGAUAAAGUUCUUCUAAUGGAUUAUUAAUUUGAGGUUAGAUCACCUUAUAUCAAAUAUCAUCAACAUGUUCUAUCAAUCAUUGGAGAGCUUCAUCCAAAAGGAGAAUGUUGACCUUGACCAACUAAUAAAAGCUCCUGAAAAGUAUUAUAUAUUCCCUUACUUGUCAAGGCUGGCCAUCGACUUCAUUCAAUUUAACAAGAGUGAGGAUUCAAAGUAUUCAUUCCUGGAAAAUAUCAUCAAUGCCAAUCAAGAUGGAAGUGGGACACAAAACGAAACGAUUCUUGAUAUUGAGGAGAUGUAUCAAGCCUUUCUUCAAAACUUAAGGAGGUACAGCAAUACCUUAAAGACAAGAGCUGGAUUCUCAAGCCCAAUUAAGGAUGAAUUCAUGACAGAACAAGAUGAAAUUAAAGAGGAGGAAAAAUUGGAUAUCGACGAGUAAGACAUAAAAAGAGCCUCUCCAAAAAGAGUAAACUUCAAGCAUAAUUCUUCCUAUGAGGAUGUUAUGACAAAAGAUAAUUUGUUUGAAAAUGAUGAUACUCACAGAUAAACUGAAGAAGGUUUUAUCUCUCCGAGAAGAAAUGAUGAUCCUACAGAAAAAUUAUAGCAAGAUGAAAAAAAUGAAUAAAAAGAAGAAGUAAAAGAAAAUACAGUGACAACAUCUAUUAAAAGCUACUUUAAGAAUAUGAUUUUAUCAAAAUUUAACAGAGGGCAAAAUGUAAAAUCUAAAAUCGAGUAGUCAAAAUAAACACUAAGAAAAUGCAAAAUGAUUAUUCAAGAUACAACUAUUUGGGAAAUGCCAGAAGAAGACGACUCUUCAAGUAAAAAAGGAAAUUUAGAAGAAUAAGAUACCUCACUAUUAGAUGAUUUGAAUUAAAACCUAGCUUCCCCACUAUUGAGGGGAAGUUCAAAGCAUAAUUCAUCAAAUUUGCAUAGUAAAAAGCAAGAAUAUUCUUAGAAACUAAAAGAGCACCAGAAAAACCAAUAAUAGUUGAUUUAAAAUUUGGCCUUCUCUAGAUCAAAUAAAACGGCUACUGCAAAAUUGAAUCAGCUAGAUUAAUUCCUAAAUUAUCUCGAAGAGAUUUCCGAAUUUUUUAAUCCAUACAGUGCAAAGAGACCAGUCCAUUCAAAGAAUUUAAGCAUUUCUAGCAAUAUAAAUGUCCCCUAAUUCUCUAUCAAUAUAGUAAAGGAUGAGGAAGAUCUAAAGGUGCUUGCUUCUGAAAACCUGGAUAACUAAUUACCUUUUGUUCAAUAAGAUUUGCAAUAUGCUUUCCUAGCAAUAUAAGGUCAUGAGAUAUUGAUGGACUUUAUGAAGAGGUAUAGAGAAAUCAGGUAAGAAAGCAUAAGAACUCUAUUCAUCUAGUCUAAGGUUCUAAAUGGAUAACCUUUUAACAAAUCUCAUGAAAGUAAUUUGAGAAUCAUCUAUUCUUUUAAGGCUUUGCUUGCUUAUAAAAAAUGCUAUGAAAUCCUUAUUAAGUUUAUCUACAACAAUAAAACAACUAAAUAAGUAUUGCUUAAUUAUCUUGAUGACAUCUUGCUAUUUAACUCAGAGUAUUACAUGCAGUCAAAGAUGAUUUCUCAAAUUCAUUUGUUUGAUUUCGAUUUGAUGAAUCAUGUAAUUGACAACAAUCUUAAAAUAAAAAACAUCUCAACCAUACUUAUUCCAAAAUUGACUAACUUGGUAUCAUACAUUCACAAGAUUAUAGAGUUUCCCAAAAAGCCUCUCAUUUUUGCACCAAUGAUUCUGAAAGUUUAUUCAAAUAUCAUAGCAAAUUGUGAUAAUGCUAAAAUUAAUGAUUAAGUCAUAGAUCUUAUCCUAAAAGAAGAGGCUUUCUUCUAAAUUUAGUAGUUACUUCUCAGUAGCAACUUGAAGAAGCACGAUUUGAAUUGCUCAGAACAUCUAAAUAUUAUGGAGAAAUUCCUCAAGGGAAUAUCAUAAAUUCUUAAGAUUCAUAAUGUGAGAAUGACUAAAAAGAAGUUCUAUCAAAUAUUCUAAAAUGGUCAUGAUAUUGAGCACUACUUUAAGGUUGUUAAAGAGCUCUUCAAUCAAAAUGUGGAAAAAAUUAAGCAAAAAUUGAACGGAAAAUAAUCAGACUACCCAGAUAAUCAAUCAACUGGGUCUCAUAUUACAUAGAGAAAUGAGGAUGGAAAAGAAGAAAAUAAGUUUUCAUCUCUGGCAAGAAAUCAGAGUGCCAGUCUUUUGUCAAAGAUUGAGGAGGAAAUUAUCAUAGUGAGUAAAAAGUUUGUCGCUGUUUAAUCCUUUUUGAUUGUCAUUAUCUACAAGCUUUUCUUUGAAGUUAAAGGUACUUAAAAAGAAUUACUUGACAAGGUGGAAGAAAUGCAGCUUUUUAUUAAGCAUAGAGUAAAGGAUUUGGAAUUGAUAGAAAGCUUCGUACCAAUUACAGAUGUUGACAACUGGGAGGAAUAUCAAUUAAUCAAUGAUUCUAUUGAAAUAUGUAGAAAGUUCUGUCUUAAAUACUCAACUAAAAGCAAUUCUCAAGUAAAUAAAUUUCAUAGAGAUCCCAGUAUGCAGAGCCAAUCUUCAUUCUUAAUUAAACACGCAACUUUCAAUUUUGCUCCUAAGGCUGAAUCUAAGUUUAAGAGCUUCAAACAGCCAUUGAGAUAGCCGACUGAUGUUACAGAUCAGAUUGACACAACUAGUAUUUAACUUACAACAUAACAAUCUGAUAAAAGCAGUUAAGUUUAAAAUAAAUAGUCAUUAUUAAAACGCAGAAUGACCAAAGUUAUUUAAGGAAUAAAUCAAAAUCAAAUUGCCUAGAAGAAAGAAUAGAUUUUCAGAAUAUUUAAAUGGAAUCUUCUUCACGAUGAAAAUCUUAGAACAGAGCUUAAGAAAGAGAUGCAUCAAACUUGCGAGCUAUUACUGAGAAAGUUUAAGGCUGCUGAUGAUAAAGGCUCAGAAUUGGAUUAACAAAAGUAUCACCAAUUCUUUGUUAAAUUGGUUGAGUACUCGAAUCAAUUCUAGAGAGAAGGCUUUGAAGCAAAAACUUAAAUCUAAGAAAAAUUGAAUUCGAUCGGUGCAGUUAAAAUGGUCCUUGAAAUGAUGUGUGCUGACAAUAAUGAAUACAUUGAUGAAAUAUUCCCUCAGCUUUUAUAUUUCUCAAAUAGAAUUCUUGAUGGUGCCUAAAACAACAUUCAGGAUUUCUUUACAGAGUAUUUGACUAAGAAUGAAAAAUCUAUCAAUUUAUUUGAAAGAUGCUAUCAUCUCAUUGAAAAAGAGAUCUCCUUACUUCAGAAAAUGAAUCACGAAACUUAAGAAAAUGAGGCACUUAAUGCUUAGAUUACUAAAGAAAAUUCUCUACAGCUUGAGAGUAAAUAAACUGCAGUCCUUAAAAAUGAGAGGAAAGGUAAUGUGUUCUCUGAUAAGCUAGCUAAAGCAUAUGAUAAAUAAAUUAACGUCCAAAAGUAGAUUCUUAAGUUCUUCAAAAAUUUAUGUGAGAAUCAUAACACCAAGAUGCAGCUCUUAAUUGGUAAUUAGUAGAAUCCAGAUAAGAAUUUUGAUAUGGUUUCAUUGACAGUAAACUAUCUUCAUUCACUGAUUUCUAACAUCAACCUAUCGAAGAGAAAUUAUUCAAAUGCUUAAAAUUGCUGUAUUUCACUGGCAGAAUAUGUGCAAGGUCCAUGCCAUGUUAACUAAUAAAGGAUCAAGGAUGCCAAUUUUUAUCAAAUUGCAGUCCAAAUAUUAUCAAUCAAACCUAAUCUAAUUCAAGAUUUAAAGGUCUCUAAAGAUAAAGAUCUUAUGCAUGAUUUAAUGUCGCCUAGGACUAGCUAAGGUGUAGGAUUAGUCAGUCAGCGAAGAAGAUCAAUUAGACUUAGUGGCAAUUAAGGAUCGUAAAUGUCUUUUAAUCUGUUUGAUAGUGGUAAACCUAAGUCAGAAAAUGUUGUAAUCGAAGCAACUGAUUUCUAAUUAACAAACUUUAUGAUUCAAAAACUCAAACUUAAUUGCUCUAUCAUACUACUGAGUUUGCUAGAAUAAAGGUCAGCUGAUGAUCCAUUACUUUUAUCAAUGAAGAGAUCCAUUCCUUUGGAUGUAAUUAAGCAAAACAUUAUGUACGAGUAUUUCCUAUUCUGCAAGGAUUAUAACAAAUUCUUAUCAAGAGAGAACUUUUUUAGACAUGUUCUAACUCAAAGUGACUAUGAAGUUAAGGAAGAACUCAUUAUUGAAGUAGGUUUCAAUCUCUAUUUCUUGCUGAAGAGAUGGGCAGAGAAUAAAAAGACUAAUGAUUCCUAGCUCGAUGAUUUGAUGGAUUUGUUAUAAAACUAAGAGAGAGGGAAUUCAAAUCUAUUCAUGAGCAGAUUUGAGGAUACAGUAAUCUUUUUCAAGCAAAUUGGAGCUAAUUUAAAGCACUUGUACAAGAAAUUUAUGAAGAAGAACCGAACUUAAGAUACAAUGCAUAAGAGAUCUAGGCUUGAAUACUUUAAAAAUCAAGAGUAAAAUAUGACAGAAGCAUUAAUGUUCUUUAAAACAAAUUCUGCUUCAAUAGACGUUCUCAUAAAAAAUAGUAUUGAAUAAGUUCACUUUCCUUAUAUGCCAUAUUGCACCUAUAUUUCUGAAGAGGAAAAAGUUGAUUUUUACAAUGCUCUUCCCACUGAUAGAGAUAAAGAGAAAAUAGAAGUACUUGUCAACAAUUCUACUGACUUGAUUAGAAGAAUGAAGAUCGAGUAUUAAUUUAAGAAAUUUUUCAUUGACUAUCCACUUAUCGGAGUAUUUGUAUAUCACACAGAACAGUGGAAAUCUCUGGCCUACUAUACAAUUCUAAUUCUUAAUGCAAUGAACCUAUACUCUUUCUCAGCAGCAAAUGGAAGAGAUAGAUUAUUUGAACCAGAAUUUUUCUCUCUAUCGACAGAGAGCACUGAAGCGCUUUUUAAAUUCUUUGGAUUCUUCUAGAUGAUGUUUGCUAUUUUCAUCAAUUUCACAGUUAUCUCUAAGAGAGCCAUUUAUCACUAUCAAUUAGUAUUCCGUGAUUAAAAGAAUGAAGAAGAUGAAAAUAAUAAACAAGGCGAAGACUAGAGUCAAAACUAGGGAGAAGAAGUAAAAGUUAGAACUAAAACAGAGAUGCUUAAAGAUGCUUUUGAUUACACUGUCUCUGCAAUUUAAGAUUUCCAGCUUUUGUAUUAUCUUGGAUACUUGAUCUUUUCUUUUGUUGGAUUUAUGUAUCAUCCUUUCUUCUACUCAUAUCAUAUGAUUGAUAUGAUUAUAAGAAAUCCCUAUUUAAAAAAUGUGCUAAAAGCUAUUUACAGACCAAGAUAUGAAUUAUUUAACACAUUUGUGUUAUUCUUGUGUCUGCAGUACAUAUUUGCUAUGAUUUCUUACAUCUUUUUCUUUGAAGACUUUGAAAAAGGUGAAUGCUCAUCAUUGAGUUAAUGCUUCCUAGUGAUUAUUGAUUAAACCUUUAAAAAUGAUGGAGGAAUAGGUACAUUUAUGAGUAGAUCUUAUCCAGCUGAUAUGGAUAAGGGAGAAAAGAUUAGUAUAAGAAGAUUUGUAUUUGAUAACACCUUUAAUGUUAUAUUGGUUAUUUUAGUAGUUGAGAUUAUUUCAGGUAUCAUUAUUGAUACUUUCGGCGCUCUGAGAGAGGAACACAACAAGAUUACAGAUUCAAUUGAGAAUAAGUGUAUGAUUUGUGGCAAGAACAGAGAUUAAAUUGAGAAGGAAUACUAAGAUUUGAUGGCUAACGAGGAAAACUAAGGAGCAACUAGCAAACUCAAUGAGGAAAAAGCGUUUGAGAUUCACAAGAGAGAUAAGCACAACAUUUAUGACUAUAUAUUCUUCUUAGCAUAUUUACAAGAGAAGCCAGAGCUUGAAUACACUGGGCUAGAAAGUUUUGUCUUUGAGAAGUUCUCAGAGUUGAAUAACACAUGGUUCCCAAUAUAUAAGGUAGGAGGAGAUAAAGCUAAAGAUAGCGCAUCUCAUUAAGAAGAAGAUAACGAUGAUAAUGAAGGGGAAGAUGACGGUAGUAAUGACCAACCUAGUGAUGAGGAAGAAGAAGAUCAAAAGGAGGAUAAGAAUAAAAAUGGCAAUAAGAUGAUAAUGGAAUACCUCAAAGGAUUGAAUGAGAAAAUAGAUUAAAUCAGUCAAAAUAUUGGUUAGAACAAUGAGCAAGAUGACGAAGACAUCAAUAGAUACAAUAGUAAUCAAGCAGUUGGCAGAGUCAAUACAGGAAAUCAAAGAGUGUUAAAUACACAAAAUUCAAGAAAUUUCUAAAAUCAAAGCUUGGCACCUCAAACAAUCACUGUUGGAAAUUUAGGCUAAUCUCCCAGAUUAUCAGGAGUCAAAAGUUCUAAGGUUUCAGGAGCAAGAGCUAAAUUAAUCGCUCUAAACGCUUUCGGCAAAUGA